UGAUUACUGACGCCAGGCGUAAAUCCGUCUCGGCGGAUGUUGACUCUCCUCGGUCGGGAGGUCGGAGGCUGCUAACGUCAAACAACUUCAGACUCAGCAAGAGAGCUGCUGGGAUUUUCUCCCACAACCAGGUUGUGGCACAUCUGCCGGCUCCCUCUAGUGGACUCCUUCCUUUUCCCGUCUGCUUCAGAGCAAAAAGCGACCUAUUGGAACUGUGAGCGGACCUCACGUUUGGACCCAUCUGCUCGUUCAGACAUCCGGCCAUUAUGUCCAAUGAUCCUCCCCCUCCGUACCCUGGAGGCCCCAGCGCUCCUCUCAUCGAGGAGAAGAACGGACAGCCUGCAGUAAGAACUGGUCCUCCACAGGGACAGCCCUUGCCUCCAGACUAUGGUCCUCCACCCUAUGAGGGGCCACACCCAGGCUUCCUGCCCCCACAUGUCCCCGGGGAAGGCCCCAUGCCGAUGCCGAUGCCGAUGCCUCCACCGCUACAAGGUGGCGCCUGCCCGCCGCUGCCACCCGGUCACUUUCAUCACCCCAUGCCGGGACACAUGGGGCCUGGGCCCGGUCAGUUUGUCCACAUGGGAGGUCACACGGCGACCGUCCUCGCUCCUCCAGGAGCAGCCACGACCGUGACCGUACUGCAGGGGGAAAUGUUCCAGACCUCGCCGGUGCAGACUGUGUGUCCACACUGUCAGCAGGCAAUCAUCACCCGCAUCUCCCACGAUGUCGGCCUCAUGAACACACUCUUCUGCCUCUUCUGCUUCUUCGUAGGGUGUGAUCUGGGCUGCUGCUUGAUUCCCUGUCUGAUCGAUGACCUGAAGGAUGUGACACACACCUGCCCCUACUGUAAGGGCUACAUCUACACAUACAAGCGUGUAUGCUAACCACCGACAGCCGUAUGGUAAAGAGACAUGUACAUGCACACACAUAAAGUCACAGCUCCUCCUGCUGGUAGUGACAGGCUUCUCCCUUCUUUUUUUUUUUGCAAAGUGUUGUGUAGCCCUCUUAAAUUGUGCGUUUUUCUCAUUAGUGCACAAAAUAUUUACUGUAUAUAUCUCUCUCAGCAAACUUCUUUCAUGUAGAAAUCUCUGGCUUAACUGCACAGGAUGUAGGGUACCUAUCCACAGAGAUGGGUAGGCAGCGGGCACAGAGGUGCAUCUAAUCCUGGAAGAACCCUGGGGAAAAAAAGGCUUGUGGUGUAAUGCAUGUGAAUGAAGAAAAAAAAAAAAAUACUGUUAGAGAAAGCUGUGAAAAUAGUCACUUUACUUAAUUUCAUCUGUGAAUUUUGCCCUGACGCAAGUGUAUUCAAACAUGCUGGUUCUUGUUUUUAACGUUUAUUUCAGAUAUCUGAUCCUCGAUUUUAACAAUAUUGAGAACUGUGAACAUUUUUGUCCGUGUCUGAUAGUUUUCUUCUAAUGGACCUUUCCCCCACAUUUCCCUUUUAUCACCAUCACUUUUUAGAAUUGAUCAUUUUCACGCCAGCAAACGAAUAUACGCUUUUCGGGGGCUAUUCCCGAGGUGGAUGUUACUUGCUAUAUUUAAUCUUCAGGUCAGCAGUCACAGGACGUUUGGUGACUUACUGCUAAUCUGUUACACAUCAGCGCCAUCUGUCCAUGAUCGUCUUUGAUAAUGAAGUCAACGUUUGCACUUUAAGUUGAAGAUUUUCCUCUGACACUUUCAUAAAAAAUAUUGAUUAAUCAUUUGUCUGGGGAAAAAAAUAACUUAUUAGUAAAAGCAGAGCAUAUUUAGGAGUUAACAUAAGUUACUUACCAUAUUUGCACUUAUUCAGAGUAGACUCAAAGUGGAGCUUUACUACUGUUACUGAUAGAGAAAUAAUGCAUGCCAUCUCAGAGUGAGUCUGAUGCACCAUUACAAGCUAGGUUAUCCUCUCACUGAUGCCAUUAGACAUAUAGUUGAAUUAAUAAUAAAAUUAAAAAAAAAGGUUGACAAAUUACAAUGAAGUUACUAUAAUAAUGUAAUGAUCAGCCUCUAACUUGAAGAUUGCUUUCAUUUCUCAGCUGCGUAUUAGAUGAAUACAAAUGUCCUUUAGCUGAUGCUGAGCUCUGUUAGGAACAAGCUUUAAAAAAUGAUGAAUGCAUCUGACAAAACAACACGGUGAUUCCACUGAAUUUAAUACUAACGGUAAACUGACCUUGUUCCGCGACAGCAUGCCCAGUCCAUCAGACACCGUCUCUCAACUAAGUACAGUCUGUCUGCAUGAGGCACUAACUGUACAUCUGUUUUUGUUUUUCCCUUUUGAGGCUAACCGAGUUGUGCAAGAAAAUCAAUUUUGAGCUGAAGGAUUGCAUUGAAAUUUUAAUAUGAAAUACUGUAUGCCAUUGUUGUGGAUACUGCUGGUUUACAUUGCUCUAAAUGUCUGUGUUAUGUAUAACUAUGUAAAUCAACAUCUGUUUGUUGUAUACAGGUACUAUUUUAUCAAUAAAAAACACAAAGGAAACUA